AAAACACAACACACACAAAACAUAAACACUAAACUCCACAUUCGUGUUGAAGAUUUUCAGAAAGAGAAAGACAAAAACAAAAAUGAAGGCCAUGGAAGCCUUACACUUACGGUGCAUGCUUCCACUAUCCAUCACCAAAAAAACUCUCUUUUCCCACAAAACACCAACCCCAUUAUCAUCAAUUUCAAACCCACAAUUCAGUUUAACCUUAUCUUCAUCUUCUUCUCAAACUGCUACUGUCAGAACAAGAGCAGGUUGGUUUCUGGGUCUUACAAAAGACAAUAGCAACAAGAAGAUGAAUUUGCCUGAUACUGUUAAAGCUGGUGACCCUGUUCUUCAUGAGCCUGCUCAAGAAGUUGAUCCUAGUGAGAUUAAGUCUGAGAAAGUGCAGAAGAUUAUUGAUGAUAUGAUUAGGGUCAUGAGGAAGGCUCCUGGUGUUGGUUUAGCUGCUCCUCAGAUUGGAGUUGCUUCUAGGAUAAUUGUUUUGGAAGAUACCAAAGAAUAUAUUAGCUAUGCACCAAAGGAAGAGACCAAAGCUCAAGAUAGAAGACCUUUUGAUCUUUUGGUGAUCCUGAACCCCAAGCUGAAGAAUAAGAGCAACAAGACUGCCCUAUUUUUUGAAGGGUGUUUGAGUGUUGAUGGAUUUAGAGCUGUGGUGGAGCGAUACCUUGACGUUGAAGUUACGGGGUUGGAUCGUAAUGGCGAACCAAUCAAAAUAACUGCCUCUGGUUGGCAGGCCCGCGUUUUACAGCAUGAAUGUGAUCACUUGGAGGGAACUCUAUAUGUCGAUAAAAUGGUACCUAGAACUUUCAGAACCGUAGAAAAUUUGGAUCUGCCUCUUGCUCAAGGGUGCCCGAAACUUGGCCCUUGGUAAAACAGAUUUUUCAACUCUGCUGCUGCUGCCUCGGAUAAGACCAUCAACACAGGUUUCUUCUGCAUGUUAAUGAGAAUUUUACAUUUGUAGAUCCUAAAUUUUAAGCAGAAUUUUACAUUCUUGUGCAUGUAAUCAGCUGUUUUGUUCUGCAAAGAUAAAAUUUCGCAUUGCUUUUA